AUGUGAAAGAUGAACGGGCAGCAGCGCAUCUUGCUGCUCACCUACAUGGUGGCUAUUGCCAUCACUGUUUCUUUGGCUUUCAACAUUGAUAUAACAAGUCCUGAUGUUUAUACUGAUGAACCAAAAGAUUUUUUUGGAUACAAAGUGCUUCAAUACAAGUCUGGAACAGAUAAAGGGAUAAUGGUUACUGCACCGCUGCGGGAAAACGGUUCUGGGGCAAUAUGCAAACUCACACAAGACCAACCCAUCCAGUGCUUUAGUCGGACAGAAAUUUCUCUCCCAAACUCAACAAUACCAGUCAAGCACCUUGGCCUGUCCAUAGCCAAAGAUUCCAAACGCUCCGAAUUCACUGUUUGCAGUCCAAGUGUCAUCCAUGAGUGUCAUAACAACUCCUAUGUGAACAGUGUUUGUUACAAUAUCACGGAUCAGCUUCAGGAAAUCUCUUCUUUCAGACCACUUUUCCAAGAAUGCAUAAAAAAGACUGUGGACCUUGUCUUUCUGUUUGAUGGAUCAGCGAGUAUGACCGAAAAGGAGUUCAUCAAAAACAAAGAGUUCAUUCAGGAUAUAAUGAAAACUCUUGAGAACACAUCCAUCAAGUUUGCAGCACUUCAGUUCUCCACAGACGUCAGUAAAGUUUUUGACUUCAAUGACAGCGGUCGUAACGGUGCUUAUAUCAAUAAACUGAAGAAAGCACGCCAUGCAAUGGGUCUAACCAACACACACAAAGCCCUCGAAUUUGUGCUAGACCAAGUCUUGGAAAACUCAGAUGUAGGUGCCUCCCCUGAUGCUACUAAAGUUGUGAUGAUAAUCACAGAUGGAGAUCCUACUGAUGAAGACAUAAAUGCAAUAAUUAAACGAUAUGAUGACAAAAACAUAAUCCGUCUUGUCAUUGCGGUAAAAAGUGCUUCGCUGGAUAAAUUCCAAGACAUUGCUUCAAAACCGAAAGAACAAUAUGCAUUUAAAAUUGAGAACUAUGAUGGACUCAAAGGAGUACUGGAAAACUUUCAAAAAAAGAUAUUUAAAAUUGAAGGUACCAAAGAAGCUCAAGCAGGAGACAUGACUGAUGAAAUGUCUCAGACUGGAUUCAGUGCGAUCUUCUAUAAUGAUAGACUGAUUUUGGGUUCAGUGGGAUCAAACAGCUGGCAGGGAUCUCUCCAAGACAUUCAUGGCAAAACCGAAACACCAAUUAAGGAUGAACUCAUGGAGAUGGACUCCUACAUGGGAUACUCUAUUGCUGUUGGAAAGAAGAGUGAUGCUCCUCUAUAUUUCACUGGUGCACCAAGAUAUAACCACACAGGACAGGUCAUACUUUUCACAUAUUUUGACAAGAAGUGGCAACUAUCCCACAGAAUAAAUGGCAAAAAGAUGGGUUCCUACUUUGGUGCAGAGCUUUGCUCAGUAGAUGUAAACUCAGAUGGCAACACAGAUUUCCUGCUAGUGGGAGCCCCACUGUUCUACCAGGCGAAGAAAGAAGGCCGGAUCUACAUCUACACACUGACUGAUGAGAUGCAACUGGAAAAUGAAUGGAAUUUGACUGCAACAUCCAUGGGGAGGUUUGGAUCCACCAUCUCUAGUCUUUCAGAUCUGAAUGGAGAUAAACUCCGAGACGUUGCUGUUGGAGCCCCCCUUGAGGAUGAUAACAGGGGGGCUGUGUACAUCUACCUUGGUGAUAAACACAGAGGAAUACGCAGCACCUUCAGCCAGAAAAUCAUGGGACAGAAAAUACAGCCUGGGCUGAGAUUCUUUGGACACGCAAUUGAUGGGGAUAUUGACCUUGGAGAGGACGGACUCCCAGAUAUUGUUGUUGGAUCACAGGGUGCUGCUAUUGUAUUCAGGUCCAGGCCUGUCUUUAAUCUCAUGGCACAUCUGUCUUUUUCGCCAAAGGAGAUUAGCACUGACAAAAUUGACUGUGUGGACAACAGAGAUGAAACUUUACCAAUGGUUACCUUAACAGCAUGCUUUAACAUGUCAGAAAUGACCCAAAGCACAGCAGGUACGGACCUGGCCCCAUCAGAUACAAUGAGCUACGGACUUAACAUCUCAGUGAUGCUCGGUGUGGAUCCAAUGAGACCAACAUCUCGAGGUUUCUUCAGUUCAACCAACAAGAAAGAGAGGAAUGUUACCUACACCUAUGAGCUGCUGGAUGAAUACUCCUGCUUCAACUACUCCAUCUACAUGCCAAAAUGUGUGCAAGACAUACUGUCACCCAUCAGAAUCAAAUGUAACUUCACCCAGGUUGACAGCGAGAGUGCCAGUGCCGUGUUAAAUAUGGACAUCAAAAGGCAGACUGAUGUUGAGGUUCCAUUUGAAAAGCAUUGUAGAAAAAACGACACCUGUAUUGCCGAACUUGAGGUGGACUUCAACUUCACGACCCCAACAUUAUUAGUGGCAGAGAAUAACUACUUCAACGUGUCUAUAAAACUGUCCAAUCAAGGUGAUGACUCAUACUACACCAGCCUCACGAUGUACUAUCCUCCAGGCCUCUCCUUCUCCAUGAUGACUAUUACAGAGGCAACGAGACCAACAGUCCAUAGCUGUCAAGACCUGCAAGUACUUGACAAAACCAUAUGCGAUGUCAGCCAUCCUGUGUUUUACAGCAAAUCAUCUGCAACAUUUAGAGCUUCUUUCCUCAUCUUGAAUGAUUGCGAGUGGAAAGACACAAUUUCGAUGUCUGUUAUUGGAAAAAGUAAUAAUGCAAACUCCACCAUCUCCCUGCCCAAAACCAUCCCAGUGCAAUUUGAAAUUAAUAUGGCAGUAACAGUGAAAGAAGACCCUAUGACUUACAUGAACUUUACUGCAGUGGAUACUGGACCUAAAAAACUGAUUGCUGUAUAUAAGAUAGAUAAUCUUGGUUACAAGGAUUUUCCUGUCAAUGUGUCCCUGUUCUUUCCAACUAAACUGGAGCAUAACUUUGAACUGACGAACUAUCAAGUCAUGGUCCAGCAGAAUAAAACUCAAUGCAAGGCCGUAACUGACAUGGAGUCGAAAUAUUGUACGCCAGAAAAACAAUGCAAAGUCAUAGUGUGUGACAUUUUCAUCCUUGAGAAAGAAUCACCCACUGAGGUCAUGUUAUCAGGAGAUGUACAGUUUAAAGAUCUCAAACAGCAGGCAGGGAAUAUUGCCUUCCUUAAGCGAUACACUGGAGACGGUGCAGAGGUCAAAUUUAAAAGCUUUGUACGUGUUAACUAUGACAAGACACGGUAUGUGCUGAGCUCUCAUAAACAACAGGAGAAGUCUGACAACGAUCCAAUGGUGAAAUGGAUUGAAGUUCGGGUUGAGUUCAUAAUUCCACCAGAUCAGUUGCUGAUUAUCGGAACAGGAGUUGGACUGGGGCUCUGGCUCCUGAUCAUAAUCACGGUCAUUAUGUUUAAGUUGGGUUGCUUUAAGAGGAAAACUCUCGAGUAUUAUCAAGAAAUGGAGGAGGAAGCUGCUCAGCAGGCUAGCAGCCCGACUACGUCUGCCUCUGCCCCCAACUACGGGUUGGUCGACCAAUCAGAGACUGACAGCAAAUCUGACCAGCCAGCAGAAAACAAGAUGCUUCUUGAUGAUGGUAACGUGAAUGGCAGCAGCCCACCAGCUGAUAAAGUGCAGGAAAUGGAUUAAAUCGAUGAACCAUCUCAAAUUCAAAAUAUGCACAGGAGGUUGUUAGUAGUGAGUAACAUUGUUAAAGGAAUGGUUCCGCAUUUUGGGAAUUAGGUUUAUAGAAUUCUCCAUUGAUGAUGUUUUUCUGUAGACCCACAUAGAUGUCAGUGACGCCCUGGUUCCCUCAUCAAAAAGCCAAUAUGAUUUUUCUGUUGCAUUUUAAGUUUUUACAGAAAAAAAGAUCUGUGACAACUUUAGUUACAUGUUUUGUUCGGCAAAAUAAUUUAAAAAAUAAAUUACACUUUUAUGAUUUUUAAAACCUAAAUGCCAUGGCCAGAGGUAAAAAAAAAAAUAACAAAAACUAACAUUAGAUAGAUAGAUAGAUAGAUAGAUAGAUAGCUAUAAAUGAACUUCACUGUGGUUGCAUGACUAAACAUUCCUACCAGCGGUCUCAUUAGCCACCUGUUAGCAACCCCAUUUUUGAAGACACAGAAAAGCUUCACAAUUCAGGGGGUGUUUACUGAGGAAUUUUAUGAUGUAGAACAAAACAUGAAAAUCUCUUUAGCUUUUAUUAACCACAGACCUUAUGUUAGACAUUGAACCAAAACCCCAUUCAAAAAACACAUUGACUUCAUGACAAGUGGACCAGGAGUGCUAAAAUGCUAACACAUUUCCAGGUUCAAGGACUCCCUCCAUGGGCACUCUGUUCACUUUGUUAUAGUGAGUUAUACUGAUAUAAUUAAAGCUUGAGCCAGGAUAUAUAAGCAUUAUGAUUGUAACCAGUGGGAAACUGUUGGCCUGGCUCUCUCUGAAUCUAACGAAGUCUACCUACCAGCCGUCUAAAAGCUGACAGAUUAACAUGUAAGACCUUACUGUUUUUAGUCCACAUGUACUUUAAGUGUAAUAACGACAUUUAUUUUAGUUAUUUUAGUACCAAACAAUUAUAAAUAGCUUACUGCAGAGUACCUAUCUUGUGGUAAAACAUAUCAAAGAAUGCUCAUUUAGAUCUUUUAUUAAUCCUUAGGGACUGUUUGGCGCAUUUUACAUGCUUUUCACCUUUUAUUUUUUGAUAAUUUUGGCUGUGUUGAUGCAUAUGACAUACAUGUCUUGUAUGUUUUGAUCCCACAGCCAUCAAAGCAUAAAAACAUGCAUUGUAUUAUUUCUGGGUGUCAUUCUGGGCUUUUGCUUUGGAAUUAGUCAUAUUUACUAUUUUCCACCUGAUGACAUCCUUUUCACCAUAUUUGGCAUAUGGACAAAAUUACAUGCUAUUUCAACUGGGUGCACUGUCACAGUCAGUGUUGCUGCAAAUCAUCAUCAGACUGUGAUAAUCAACAAUGUACUUUGCAUGUAGUGUACUGAAAAUAAUUAUUUUUUCCCCAUCUAAAAACAGACUGGCAUCAUGACAAAAACCUGGCAUAUUAGGAAAGUUGAUGAAUAGUUGAUAUUUAUGAUUAGGACUGAUGUUGGUUAAAAAUAUUACUCAGUGACAGAAGAAAACCAUAUUAAUUCUUCUUUUUUUUUAAGCUUGAUUUUUAAAAGCGCAUUUUGUGCACAGAGCAAUACACAUAUAUGAAAUAUUAAAGCAGACCCUAAGGGUUAAUGUUGACAGGCUCGAGUAGUGUUUGCUCAGAUGGUAAAGUAAUAACUGGUGGCUGGGUAUUGGGAGGACAAAAUCUACGUCCUUGUGUGGGAGUAAAACACUUUAACACUCAUAUUUAAAUAAUAAUGUAUAAAAUACUGUACCUGGGCAAGCUGGGGGAAGCAUGGAGACAUAGUAAACGCAGAGAAACGCUGUAAAUACCUUUGAGAAUAAAGGUGGUGGCUGAUAAUAGUUCUUUAACUGGGACAUGGCUUAAAAAAGACCUUCUGUUAAUAAAUGGAUAGAUGAGAGGAUUACUUCUAAUGUUAGAGCUCAGGAGGGUCCAUCUGUUGGACUGAAAUUGUACAUCUUUAAUCACAUUUAUGUAAACAUGCAGUAUUAUAAAUAUACCAUCUACUGUUAUUUCUUGGUAUUCUUUAGUUUAUGUGAAUAUAUAUAUAUUUUAUUUUGCUCACAAGUGUUAAGGGCUCUCUUGUUGAUAAAGUGUGUUUAUACCGUUAACAUGUUUUAACCUAUAUAAAUAAAACACUUACUCCAUAA